UUCAGCUAUGAAACUGACAUAAUAUAAAUCAUGUUCCUUCAAAUUAUUAUUCUCAACUUCAUUUCAGUAGCCUAUGUGUUUUUUAGUUUUCCGAGUGGGACAAUUAGUUCUUUACAAGGUGAAGAGGUUUCACAAUGGGCAAAAUCUCUAGGAAAAGAUUUAUGGACCAUGGGUGAGUCCAUUACCCAGUACACCGAAAUCAAGCAAAAAUACACAUUCUUGAAUGCCAAAAUACAGAAAAAAAACCCGGAAGAACUAUUAGCUGAAAUCAAACUUAACUUCUCCAUAAUGAUAGAGAGAAAAAUCAGCGCCAUCAAGUUGAUUCAGCAACAGGCGGAAAAAUUUGCCGAACAACCCCAAGUCAACAUUUCGAAAAAGUUUAAAUAUUACAGUUCGCGGUUCUCGCCGCUGAAAAACGAGAAGAUGGAUACGUUUCGGAAGACUAUAUGGGAGAAGUAUAAAGAUCGAUACAAAAACAUGACGCUGAAUAAUGAUACGCAUUUUUACAAUCUCGCUGUCAACACAAAUUAUAGUUCAGUCCAUGUGCCAAUCAAUGUUUACGAGCUAGAUGACAAUGUUUCUUUUGCUAUCCAAUGGUCCCAGUCGCUAGAUGAUAUUUUCAAGGAAAACUACAAAUUAGAUCCUGCCCUUUCAUGGCAGUACUUUGGAAGUACGACCGGCAUAAUGAGACAUUACCCAGCACACAAAUGGCCGGGAAAUUCUGCAAAUAGCGGAAGAGAUUUAUUACUGUUUGACUGUCGCAUUCGUACCUGGUUCAUAGAAGCAGCAACAUGUACAAAGGACGUAGUUAUUUUGAUAGAUAACUCUGGUUCAAUGACUGGUAUUGGCCACCACAUUGCUGUAAUGACGGCCUCUAGUAUUUUGGACACGUUUUCAAACAAUGACUAUGUCAACAUUCUCAAUUACUCUUCUGUGGCCAAUUAUACGAUUCCAUGCUUUGCCAAUAUGUUGGUUCAAGCUACCGAAGAGAACAUUAGCAUUUUCAAAAGUGCGAUAUCGAAGCUCAUACCGGAUGGAAAAACUCAACUAGAUCAUGCUCUUCAAGUAGCGUUCGAACUCCUUGCGUCAUACAGGGUCAAAAGAAAUUGCGAUGGGGAAGAUAGUAACUGCAAUCAAGCCAUCAUGAUCAUCACAGAUGGAGUGAAUGGAAAUUUAAGUGACGUUAUUCUGAAAUAUAAUUAUCUCAAUAAUGGUUCGAAUAUUCCAGUCAGAAUAUUUACUUACGCCAUAGGAAAAGACGCCGCAAACGUGGAAGAAAUCAAGUGGAUGUCUUGCGCAAAUAGGGGCUACUAUACUUCUGUUGUGAGUCUGGAGCAAAUAACAGCUUCUGUUCUUAAGUACAUCAGCGUCAUAGCAAGGCCUUUGGUGCUACAAGCGGAAGAGCAUCCAGUUUCGUGGACUCACGCUUAUGCAGAUUUGACAUAUGACGAUAAGAAUGACAUAACGAUAAACGAGCCAUACAGAUUGCUUAGCUCUGUAGCUAUACCCUGUUAUGACACGAAAGUCAACAAAAUGAACGACACUAGGACAGCAUAUUUGCUCGGCGUAGUUGGCACUGAUGUACCAAUAGAUGAGUUUACAAGAUUAACUGUCCCUUACAAGAUUGGUGUCAAUGGAUAUGCUUUCAUUGUGAGUAACAACGGAUACGUCCUGAUGCAUCCAGACUUGAGACCAAUGUUUGAAGGAAUUCUGAAAGAGAACUACAACAGCAUCGACCUGACCCAAGUGGAGCAGCACGCGCCUGACGGGGAGAGCUUCCCAAGGGUUAUGCCCGAAAGCGUAAUGAAGCUAAGACAGGCAAUGGUAGAUGGCGCUAAUGGAAGCAUGCGAAAUAUCAAACUGAGCUACCAUUACGACGACAUGAGGAGAGUGUUCGAAGGGGUUUACGACUAUUAUUAUACUCCCAUAGAAGAUACGCCGUUCACCGUGGGAAUCGCGAUUCCUCACAAAUACGGAAACUAUUCCCUGGAAGUGGGGGAUGAGAUUCUGAGGAACAAACAUACCGGAGAAAAUUUAACGUCAUUCUUCACCGGGAAAUGGAAAAUACAUCCGAAAUGGGUGUACUGCAAGUAUCAUUAUCUCGAGGACCAUGAAUUUCCCACUCCCGAAAAGGAACUGCUUCACUUCCUAGCAAAAAUGUAUGACCGCAACUUCAAAUGGGAAAGUCAGUACGAAGAAACUAGAAAACACCUCGAGCAAGAGGACUACUACUGCGAUAUGCACUUGGUUCAGCGUUUGAUAUUCGAUGCCCGAAAUACGCACGACACUUUCAUGGAGAAAUGGGUUUUCAAGCCGAGACAAAAAGACCUUUUUAGGCGGUAUAAUGCGUCAUUGAGGUUCGUGGCGACUAUGAGCGGUCUAACAAGAUGGAACUAUAUUUUUGAAGAUGAGGAUAAUUACACGAUUGCAAAAGGAAA